AUGAUGGAAACCAUGCAGCCUCAGAAGCAGAGAGACGAAGGAGAAGCUUCUUUUUCUUCUUCUCAUAAUCAUAAUCACGUUUCGCCUUCUCCAAGUUUCAGCAGCUACUCAUCGGAGACACUCGCCGAGAUCGCCGCCAGAGUAAUCGACGAGCUUCGAUGGGAUCCUCAUUCCGUUUCCGACGACGACGCGCUUUACCAACCGUGGGAAAACGACGUUACCUUUGCUGCUACUCCAAACGAAGAUGAAGAUGCCGGUAGUGAGUUUGAGUUCGCGGUGGUUUCGACGGACACAGCGAAUUUCCCGGUGGUUUCCGCGGAUGACAUUUUCUAUAACGGUCAGAUCAAGCCUUUGUAUUAUCCUAUUUUUGAUCAAAAUCUUCUAAACGACGAAGACGCUGUUUCUUCCGUGACGGUUUCUAAUGAAACUACACCACGACGUCGUUUACCUUUACGGACGCUGAUGUUUGAGGACAACGAAACAACGGUGUCGUGUUCGUCGUCCACUGACGAGAGUGUAGACGUAGAAGCUGUAGCAGAAGGGAGUUACUGCGUGUGGAACCCUAAUUCGGUUGGAAUUGAACGAAAAAAGAGUAGCUCCGCCGGUUCUGGAUCGAAGCGGUGGAAGCUUCGGAACUUGCUUUUGAGAAGCCAUAGCGACGGGAAGGAUAAGCAGCCAGUGAUGUUUCAGAUACCGAAAACGACGGCGAGUAAAGGUUCGCCGUCGGUGGAGCACGACGGGAAGAAUCAGAGUAAGAGGAAGUCGUUUUUAACUUACAGACCCGAAUUGGUUGGACUUUUUGCUAAUGUCAAUGGGCUUGGCCGGAAUUUGAACCCGUUUUGA